UUUAAAUGACGAUAUGAUAUGUAAUAUCGUUUUUAUUGCACGCUUUAAUAGACCUGUAAGUGUUUGCAUGUUGAAUGGGCUACUGAAUCAAUCAUCGCUGUUGGAACCACACUGGAACUUGAAAUUCAGGUCCAAGUCACAUGACUGAAAGGUUAAAAAGUUUUACCUGUCACACCUGAACAUUCCGAUCUCCUCGAAACAGCUUUUCCAUCAAAUACCGCUACAGGCGCUAACCUUCUACAUCGACAAAAUCAAUUCUAUUUCGGCAUGGGAAAACUUUUCGGAGCGGCUAGUAUGCCAAUGAUGGCUUGUAUUGCCCUGCUGAUCGGGGCAAUAUUUCAGAUUCUGGGUUUUGCCGCGCCCUAUUGGGCGUUUGAUGGAACCUAUGAUGUGGGUCUGUGGAGACUCGCCCGGUGUAAAUCUAGCUACCACAUAGGUUGUUACAGGGAGGACCAUGUAGAAUAUUUUGCUUCAGAUUGGCUGAAGACGGUGAGGGCAUUCGAGAGUCUUGGAGUGAUUUUUAUGGUGCUUCCUCUGGUUAUCAUUCCUGUGUAUAUGUACGUCUCCCUGGGACUUUACUACAAGUGUAUGAUGUGCUGUAUGUGUGGGUCAUCUCUAGUAUCAGCUCUGUGCAUCAUUAUUGGUGUAGCCAUCUACGCCGCCAACAUCACACUGAAUGACUGGACGGUCUCCUGGUGCCUGUUUGUUUGUAUUGUAGCAUUCGUGGCUACAGUCAUUGCCUUUCUAAUUCUCAUUAUGGUCGCCUGUGGCAAACGUCCCCCCGAACUGAAAAAGGUUACAGUUCCAGACCCCACCACCAUUUAUGUGCAUCCAACAAAAUCCAGAUUUGUUAUGAUAGCUGAUUAUUCAUAUCCUGCUUAGCCAUGAAAACCUGAGAAUAGUCAGAGACAACUCAGCCAUCCACCUCUGAAGUUCAAAAUGUGUGUACCAGUCAAGUUCCAGGCCAGUGAAUGAAAAUGUACAUUAGUAGUUUGUAGUGCAAUCCUACACAAUGGAAUAUUUGGUACACAUGGAUUUUGUAGUUUUCAGCAGGUUCAUGGAUUGUAUUCAUUCAUGAUAUAUGAACAUCAGAAUGUGUAUGCUUUACUAGCAAACACUGAAUUUAUACAAGUACAUUUUGUAUGUACAUGACAUAAUAAAUUGAUUAACCAAAA